GUGUGGGCGGCGGCGUCGUCCGGGUUGGAACACAGCUAGUGGGUGCCGUGCCUCAACCACAGAUAGGUUCAUCCGAGUUUGCAAGACACGAUCACUGGUUUUCGAUGAUGGUGUUGCAGAUUUGUCUGAACUGAACGGAUGUGAACGAGAUUUUGGAAACUGAAAGGUCCACCAUGUGGACAUGACUCGGGAUGAAGAGCUUGGUGGGGAUUAUGUGGAUAGUUUUAGUGCUCAUAUCAGGAUGUUCCGGUAAUCCAGACGCCAAACGACUCUACGAUGAUCUUUUAUCAAAUUAUAAUAAAUUGGUUCGGCCUGUAGUCAACGUUUCGGACGCUCUAACUGUCAAAAUCAAACUCAAACUAUCGCAACUCAUCGAUGUUAACCUCAAGAACCAAAUAAUGACAACGAAUCUGUGGGUCGAACAGUCAUGGUACGACUACAAGCUCAAAUGGGACCCCAAAGAGUACGGCGGUGUGGAGAUGCUCCAUGUGCCCUCUGACCACAUCUGGCGUCCGGACAUCGUCCUCUACAACAAUGCCGAUGGUAAUUUCGAGGUGACUUUAGCCACCAAAGCCACCCUCAAUUACACCGGAAGGGUGGAGUGGAAACCUCCAGCGAUUUACAAGUCUUCCUGCGAGAUAGACGUCGAGUAUUUCCCCUUCGACGAGCAAACGUGUGUCAUGAAAUUUGGAUCGUGGACUUACGACGGCUUCCAGGUGGAUCUUCGUCAUGUGGACGAGAUGAAGGGCUCCAAUAUUGUCGAUAUCGGCAUCGACUUGACCGAAUUCUACACUUCGGUCGAAUGGGACAUCUUGGAGGUCCCAGCCGUCAGGAACGAAAAGUUUUAUACGUGUUGUGAUGAACCUUAUCUUGAUAUCACAUUCAACAUUACGAUGAGACGAAAAACUUUAUUUUAUACCGUCAAUCUCAUCAUUCCGUGUAUGGGCAUUUCGUUUCUCACCGUUUUAGUGUUCUAUCUGCCUUCCGAUAGUGGUGAAAAAGUAAGUUUGUCCAUCUCGAUCCUACUAUCACUGACAGUGUUCUUCCUACUACUAGCCGAAAUUAUCCCACCGACGUCAUUGGUGGUCCCAUUGUUGGGCAAAUUUGUACUUUUUACCAUGAUUUUGGACACUUUCAGCAUAUGCGUGACAGUGGUAGUCCUCAACGUCCAUUUCCGGUCCCCUCAGACCCAUACCAUGGCCCCAUGGGUGCGUCGUGUCUUCAUCCACAUCCUCCCACGUCUCUUGGUGAUGAGACGACCCCAUUACCAAUUCGACCGGAAAAGCAUGACGUCCAGUCAUCGUGUCAUGGUACGAACCUGCAAUGGGUUGGAGCUUCGCGAUCCUGGGAUUUUUACAGACACGGAGGAUUUGGUCGAUGAUCCCGGUUUUUUCCCAAGCGCUAGUUCCAGGGAUGAGCUAACACCCAGGGAGUUGGAGGCUGGGGCCUUGAAUGCGUGUCGGGUCCAUGGUACUACCCCACCGCCAGGGCUCGGGUUGCCUUUACCAACGGAUCUGGGCGCUGGGUCGCUUGAGGAUGCGCUUUGUCGGGAGGCCAACCCAUGGUACUUGUGUCCAGAGGUGCAUAAAGCCAUUGAUGGGGUCAGGUUUAUUGCGGACCAUACCAGACGUGAGGAGGAUUCGACUAAGGUUAAGGAAGACUGGAAGUACGUUGCAAUGGUACUAGACCGACUCUUUCUUUGGAUUUUCACACUUGCGGUACUUGUUGGUACCGCUGGUAUUAUUUUACAAGCUCCGACUUUGUACGAUGAUCGUAGACCCAUCGAUGUUAGACUUUCGGAGAUUGCAUCGACCACUGCUAAACCCCAUAUUGCCAGUUCUUUAUAAGGAAUUUGCUGAAAAUUUGGUUCCUGGGCCAAAAACAGACGCAAAAUUGUCAAAAACACUUUUUGUUUUUGACUAAUGGCAAAAAAAACACAAAAACAACAAAACAGUUCUUAGUUUUUUGUGACAUGUUUGUCAAAAACAAAAAAAACCGUAGUCAAAAACACAAAAAAAACAAGUCUCUUUAUCAUUUAUUACGCCACAUAUUUGUCAAAACCAGAAGAAAGUGGACUGGCAUUGUCAAAUACACACCAAAUUGCGACACCGAUUUGUCAAAUACAAAAAAAUUGAACUGAUUUAGUCAAGGCCUGGGGUUCUUUUUUUCGGCUCUUUUCGGGGUCGAGCCACGUAGAAAAAAGAAGAAGAAAAAAAUUUAAUGUGAGUUUUCGGACGGAUGCUCAAAUUUUCAACUGUCCAAAAAAAAAUAGUCGAAAAGUUUAGUAUUUUAUGGCCGAUAGGAAUUGUACCUUUCUAGUCAUCUCCCAUUUUCUCUAUCACUUAUAAUUAGUAAAUCGGACGGCAGAAAUCCCUAACUUAAUUAUUUACUCGUUAUAAGACCGAAAGUGGGUGAUUAGAUUUGCCUUCUGCACGUUUUUAUUAUUACGUUUAAUAUAAAAAAAACUUCAAAUUUUAAUGAUACCUUAAAACCGUGUUUUUAAACGCUGCCGAAUGAUUAUAAAGAAAUUAUAUUAACGCAUCGUUAUUUUAAAAAAACAUGUAACUAUGAUGAUGUAAACGAUUUCUAUACAUAUUUAUGCUGUAACUAACGAUUUUAAUAAAUUAAAUUUUUGAUAUAAAAGCUCAUUUUCAUAAAAACAAACCUUAAAUCACUCGUUUUGGUGUCUAGAUUAAACCCCUGUAACCGUAGUAACCAUUAUGUGUAACACCAAGUUUUAUAGCCCCUCCAGGUAUGUAUAUGUUCAAUAAACGACUUGUUGACAGCC